AUGGUCACUACCACCAAGGCGCCCGCUUACUUUAUCAGCCAUGGUGGCCCGCCCACCAUGUUCGAGCACAAACAUCCCGCCUACCAGCAUUGGCUUCAGUGGGGAAUGGAGGUGCGCACGCUCCACGAGCAAGGUCUCAUUCGAGGUUUGGUCUUUGUCAGUGCGCACUGGCAAGCAGAAGACCUCGAGCAGGGAGUCUACGUCAAUGUUGACGAGACGAAUCCGAUGAUCUACGAUUUCUACGGCUUCCCCCACCACUUUUACAAGCAAAAAGUGGAGUCCUCCAACCCGUCCAACAUCUCGGCCCUCGUUUUGGACCAUCUCCGCAGUGCAGGCGUGCCCGCGCAGUCGAUCAAGCGUGGUAUUGACCACGGGGUCUGGUGCCCGCUCAAGGUCGCCUUCCAGAAACCUUACCUCGAGGAGCUGACACCAGAGCAGCGCAAGGACCAGCAGGCAACGAUCAACACCCCGUCCGUCCUGCCCGUCUCCCUUUCGCUCACCCAGGUAUCCCUCCCGACAUCUGAUUCCUCGUUCGACUCCCUGAAGCUCGGCGCCGCGCUGCGAGGUCUUCGUGACCAAGGCUUUGCCAUCGUGGGUGGCGGCAUGUCUGUGCACAAUCUCCGCGACCUCAUGCGAUCCUUUGCACUCGCUGGUGGUCGAGGUUUCGGAUCCCUUGCUCUCGACAGCGACCGAGAGGUCGGUAAGCCGCAGCCCAAUGCGUAUUCGGAGAGCUUCCUUAAGGCUCUGAGGGAGGCCAUGACCGUGCCGCCCGCGUCGCAAGACGAGGACAAGUGGGGCAAGGCCUUGAAGCUAGAUCGCAGGGCUGACUUCUUGCCUGCCCAUCCCUCUGCCGAGCACUUUUUGCCCGCACUCGUUGCCAUGGGUGCAGCUCACCCGGACGAACAAGGCGUCGAGACGUUUGCUCUCGACGAAGGUCCCAUGGGCUGGAACAUGUACAAAUGGGGCUGA